GCUCCCCAUCCGGUACCUAUGGUGCGGUCGCCAACGCUGAGGGAGCGGCGGGUAGCGAACAUGGCCGUCGAGUCCAGGGUCACCCAGGAAGAGAUUAAAAAGGAGCCAGAAAAGCCCGUGGACCGGGAAAAAACCUGCCCGCUGCUGUUACGCGUGUUCACGACCAACAACGGGAGGCAUCACAGAAUGGACGAUUUUGCGAGAGGGAAUGUUCCAUCCAGUGAACUUCAGAUCUACACCUGGAUGGAUGCAACACUAAAGGAACUAACCAGCCUAGUAAAGGAAGUCUAUCCUGAGGCUCGGAAGAAAGGAACGCACUUCAGUUUUGCAAUUGUGUAUCCGGAUCCUAAAAGGCCUGGUUACAGAGUGAAAGAGAUUGGUACCACUGUUUCAGGAAGGAAAGGACCAGACGAUUCGAUGACAUUACAGUCACAAAAAUUUCAGAUCGGGGACUACCUGGACAUAGCAAUAACACCGCCAAGUCGAGCACCGCCCCCUCCUGGACGCAUGAGACCUUAUUAGCUCCCGUCUCCCCACCCUCCCUCCAAAAAAUAAACCUAGGUUUUUCUACUUAUGUGUAACAUAUGAACAAGAAACCUAUCUUGUUAGAUGUUGCUGGCCUUGGUAAAACUUAACAAGGAAAGUGUUUGAUUUGAUAAACCCUUUGAUUCAUUCUUUGUAUUUUUUUUGCUUUUCAAACUGGGUGAAUUUUUGUAAAUGACCUGAUCUUUAACAGAAUAGUGGUAACAUUUGUGGAUUUGUAAGUCUGCCCCUGUAAAUUUGGAUUUGGACUAAAAUUGACUGGUUGGAAUUUUUAAAAAAAUAUUAAACUGUCUUUGUGGGAUUGUAUGUUUCGCAAAAUGUUUUAAGUGUAUAAAUAAAUACUGAUUACAGGAAUAGCAAAACAUGCUUCUGGUUUGAAACUGAGACUUCAUAAAAGUCUAGAAACCAUAACAGCCUACAUUUAGUAAAAUGUAGAAUUGUAUUCCUUUUUAAAUGAGAGCAGAAAUGUUUUCCAAAAGUUAAUUGAAGGCAGAUAAGUGCAACAAAACCACCCCUAACCAAGGAACUCUGCAAAGCUUGACAAGUGAUGUAAGCUUAAUAAAGAUG